AACCCUUUUUCCUUUUUUUCGUCGCCCUCUUAAUUUUGCUCUAUCUCUCUCCCUCUUUUCCAAAUUCUAAUCCCUUCUCUCUGCUCCGACACUGGCGCUUUCUCUUUUCCCCACCCCCGAAUCUCCGAAACCACAACCGACAAUGGAGGAAUCUGAAACCCUAACCCUAACCCUACAUCUCCUCCUGACGUUGUUUUAAUCGAUCUCGCUUCACCCCAUCCCCGCCACACCGCCAUGGGAGCGAGGGAGGAGAGGGCCGAGAGAAGGAUGGUAGCGGCGAGCUGAUUAGGGUUUUCGGCAUUGGCAAUGGCGUCGGCUCACCUCGUGGUUUCCUCCUCGUUGCACCGCGGGAGCUUCGGCAAUGGCGUGCUCGAGGAGCGGCGGAGAAGGCCCGUGUGCCGUGGAUUGGUCUCUCUCGCCGGUAGGGGCCACGGCGGAGAUCGGAAGGAGGUGACGGGGACGAAGCCCGGCUCCGGAUUCCGGGAGGUUUCUCGGCGUGCGAGGUCGAAGGUGUCGGAGGCGCCGGCGGCGGAAACCGGGAGGAUCUGCUCCACUCUGGAGAUUCCGGUCACUUGCUAUCAGAUUUUAGGCGUUUCUGAAAAGGCUGAGAAGGAUGAGAUUGUGAAAGCGGCAAUGGAGUUGAAAAAUAUGGGGAUUGAAGAUGGAUACACAGCAGAGGUGUCGGUGUCCCGGCAGGAUCUGUUGAUGGAUGUGAGGGAUAAACUUCUCUUUGAACCUGAGUAUGCUGGCAAUAUAAAGGAAAAUGUUCCACCAAGAUCUUCUCUUUGUAUUCCUUGGACAUGGUUACCUGGUGCACUAUGCAUUUUACAAGAGGUUGGAGAAGAGAAAUUGGUGUUAGAAAUUGGCCGUGCAGCUCUAAAACUUCCCGAUUCCAAACCGUAUGUUCAUGACUUGCUUCUCUCCAUGGCACUAGCAGAAUGCUCAAUUGCAAAGAGUGGUUUUGAGAAGAGCAAAGUAUCAGAAGGGUUUGAAGCUCUAGCUCGAGCUCAGUAUCUUCUAAGGAGCAAAAUUUCUUUAGAGAAAAUGCCCCUGCUUGCACAGAUAGAAGAAUCACUAGAAGAGCUUGCACCUGCUUGCACAUUAGAGCUACUAAGCAUGCCUCAUAUACCUGAUAAUGCUGAACGUAGGCGAGGGGCAAUAGCAGCCUUGCGUGAAUUACUUAGACAGGGAUUGGAUGUUGAAUCCUCCUGUAGAGUUCAAGACUGGCCUUGUUUCUUGAACCAGGCAAUGAACAAGUUGAUGGCUGCUGAAAUAAUUGAUCUUCUUUCUUGGGAUGCCUUAGCCAAUAUUCGGAAAAACAAAAAAUCGUUGGAGUCUCAGAACCAACGUGGCAUUGUUGAUUUCAACUGCUUUUAUACGGUAGUGCUUGCCCACAUUUCCUAUGGAUUUUCAACACGGCAAACAGAGAUGAUAUCAAAAGCAAAGAGCAUCAUCGAGUGUUUAAUUGCAUCGGAUGGUAUGGACUUGAAAUUUGAAGAGUCUUUCUGCUUGUUUCUUCUUGGACAGGAGGAUGGGGCAGUGGUUCUUGAAAAGUUUCGGCAGCUUGAGGUCAAUGGAAACUCCAACUCACAGAUUUCUGGAUUAGUUAAAAGAAAAGAGGAAAAGGACAAAGAAUCUAUCCAUCGUACACUGGAAAUCUGGCUGAAGGAUGCUGUUCUUUCUGUAUUUCCCGACACACGAGAUUGCUCCCCUUCUUUGGCCAACUAUUUUGGUGCCCCAAAGCGGAUUUUCAGUGGCACAAAGCAAAAACUUGCAAGUGCCAAGCCCUUCCCUUCUUCGAGCUCUCAAUUGCCUUCAUAUAGUCUUUUACGUCACAAUAAAGCACCAAGGGAGCAGGCCUCAAAUUUUAGUAGACAGCUACCGGAAGCAGUAAAGCAGCUGACACCUUCUAAUUUGGAAAUCCCAUCGGCUUUGGACAAGUCGAGUGGUAACGGCAGCCCUGCACAACAACUUAAAAGAAAGCCUAGUUUUCCUCAUAGUAAAGCUUGGAAAAGCUGGUUCGAGACAGGAGAUAUAGCAGGAAAGCUCACAUAUAGUGCCGUCAUGGGGUGUAUUCUGUUGGGUACAUUUAAGCUGGUGAGUAUGCAGUUAGGGCACACUAAAGUGGCAUAUAAAUGGCCCACCACCCACCCAAAAAGGGAAGCAGAAGCCUUUGCAUCAACUGUGACUUGGCCAUCAAGCUCCAAAAACACUCCUUUUAUUAGCAGGAAUUUUUGGAAUCCACUUGGGAAGCUAUUAAUGGUGCUUAGGCUAGGCGACAAACAUUGCCCAUCAAAUGUGGGGCCUCUGCAAAAUAUUUGGUCCACAGAGAAGUCCUCUCCUUCGGCCAGUGCGACUGGCAUUAUGCUGCAUAAAAGAAGCAUGGAUCUAGAAGAAGCAGAAGCACUGGUGAAGCAGUGGCAGGACCUUAAAGCUGAGGCGCUAGGCCCUAAUCAUCAAGUUGAGACACUCUCUGGGGUUCUUGAUGAAUCAAUGCUCUUCAAGUGGCAAGAAUUGGCGAAUUCAGCAAAAGCUCAAAACAGCUUUUGGAAGUUCGUUUUGCUGCAGCUUUCUAUCCUACGCGCUGAAAUUUUAUCAGACGGAGGCGAUUGUGAGAUGGCCGAGAUUGAGGCUGUCAUUGAGGAAGCCGCAGAGCUUGUUGAGGAGUCUCAGCCAAAACAUCCAAGUUACUACAGUUCAUACAGAGUGCAGUAUACACUCAAAAGGCAAGUCGAUAGUUCUUGGAGAUUCUGUGGAGGUGUUAUUCAAGAUUAAUCUAUUUCUACUGACAAAUAAGUUGAUCAGAAUCGCUUCUGGAAAGAAGCAAAUGUACAAUUAUCUUCAUCCACAACCUUGAAGAAAAUGGAACGACGAUCUUUAUCUUUCUCAUCGCAUGAAUGUUGGUCUUCUUUAUUUCCUCCACCGAUUCUUAAUGCUCUCGAGAGUUGCUUGUACAAUAUGUUGUUUUUCUUUUGUUUAGUUUGAGAUAACAAAAGAUGUCCUCUACUCUGUAUUAUUGGCGUUAGGAUGCUAGGAUACGAGAGUUAUUUAUUGUGUGAGAAUCAUGUGCAUCAUUCUUUCUUUUCUUUACCUUCACAGGGAUAAGUUUUAAUUGUGGUAUUAUGUUUUCGACCUUAAAUUCUUUAUCUUUUGGGGUGGUAAACAUUUUUGGCUCAGAAAAGACAUAAUUUGAUCUGUGCAA